GCGGUGGCCACUGGAGAGGCGUUCGCGGCGGCGGCGGUAGCAGCGGUGGACGCGCCGAGCGGGGCGGCGGCGGCUCCGAUUAUCACUCACUUAAGGACAGAGAAACCACCAGACUCAAGGGGGCCGUAGCCCUGACCGGGGACCAGACUUGUCUUGGCCGAGGGCUGCUCUGCUGGUCCGUCCCAUCAGCCUGGAUUGGUGAACCUGACUCCCAAGAGCCUCUCCAGGUUUGCUGGCAUGGGAAAUCUGCUCAAAGUCCUUACCAGGGAAAUUGAAAACUAUCCACAUUUUUUCCUGGAUUUUGAAAAUGCCCAGCCCACGGAAGGCGAGCGGGAGAUAUGGAACCAGAUCAGCGCCGUCCUCCAGGAUUCCGAGAGCAUCCUCGCCGACCUGCAGGCGUACAAGAUCCGAGACGCCAUUCAAAAUCCCAAUGACAUCCAGCUUCAAGAAAAAGCGUGGAAUGCAGUGUGUCCUCUGGUCGUGAGGCUAAAGAGAUUUUAUGAGUUUUCCAUAAGGCUAGAAAAAGCUCUUCAGAGUUUAUUAGAAUCUCUGACCUGUCCACCCUACACGCCAACCCAGCACCUGGAGCGAGAGCAGGCCCUGGCAAAGGAAUUUGCGGAAAUCCUGCAUUUUACCCUUCGAUUCGAUGAGCUGAAGAUGAGGAACCCAGCUAUUCAGAAUGACUUCAGCUACUACAGGAGGACAAUAAGCCGCAACCGCAUCAACAACAUGCACCUAGACAUUGAGAAUGAAGUCAAUAACGAGAUGGCCAACCGAAUGUCCCUCUUCUAUGCGGAAGCCACGCCCAUGCUGAAAACCCUUAGCAAUGCCACCAUGCACUUUGUCUCCGAAAACAAAACCCUGCCGAUAGAGAACACCACAGACUGCCUCAGCACCAUGACGAGCGUCUGUAAAGUCAUGCUGGAAACGCCGGAGUACAGGAGCAGGUUUACGAGCGAAGAAACGCUGAUGUUCUGCAUGAGGGUGAUGGUGGGGGUCAUCAUCCUCUACGACCACGUCCACCCCGUGGGAGCUUUCUGCAAGACGUCCAAGAUCGAUAUGAAAGGCUGCAUAAAGGUUUUGAAGGAACAGGCCCCGGACAGUGUGGAGGGGCUGCUGAAUGCCCUCAGGUUCACUACAAAGCACUUGAACGAUGAGUCGACUUCCAAACAGAUUCGAGCAAUGCUUCAGUAAAGCUCUGCUCCAAGAAGAGGAUCUAUGUACUGACCUCAGAAGAUGUAUAUGUUUACAUAAUUUAAUACAGAUUGAUGUUAAUACUUGUGUAUUUACAUAACCGUUUCCUUCUUGUCACUGCAAUAUAUGGACCUUAAUUUGUAUCCUGACUGACUCAACCCAGCAGCGCAUAAGUUGACUUGAGAGCCUUACCUUUAAUGUCUAAAACAAAACCCCCUCCUCCAAAGGCAAAAGUUGGAGAUGUUGAACUUUGCCACUGGAGUCCUUUAACUACACCUGUAACAAUCAGAAAUUGCUGAUCGUUUGUGGUAGUGUUUAAAUUCUAGAUGUGUAAUCUCUCUGGGAAGUAUAGUGAUAGAAACACAAAGUAUUUGAUUUCCUGUAUCGGCUCAGCUACAAGAAACACAACUGGUAUCCUGGCAGAGAGAGAGAAAGAGGAAUCCAGAAAAAAGAAAAAUGCACGUGGAGGUUCCAGCCCAGGUGUUUGGGAUUCGGCACGCCCCCUCUCUUUCCCGAGACUGCAGACCACACGUGCAGCCGUUCUGUGUGCACGUGUUUUAUCAUCAGCAUUUCCCCUUCCUGCUGGAUGGAUGCCCCCCUGAAGUCCCCUUUCAGUUUGCAAGAGGAAAAUCACCUGUGUUUGAGUCAGUUCGCGGGAGAGAAGCCAGGAUAGAUAGGUGUGCUGUCGUAGGUGGGCUGUCGAAAGUGGUUGUCUUGGAAGUUGGGGACCUGUUAGGAGGAAGAACACCCAGACAACAGGACAGAUCUUCAACCCGCUGUCACAGGGACAAGGAUGUGGAGCUCUGGCUUUGAAAUUGUGGGUAAGUUUGCUGACAUUGCAGUUAUUUGCAUAGUGCGGGGCGCUCAGCCCCUCCACAUAGGAGCCUUGUUCUCUGUGGACCAUUCCUGUGACAAUAGAGUUCUGGGGCACUUCAUUCGUUAUCAGAAAACUGGGGGCAUUUGGAGGGGGAAAGAUCUAUGUUUUCUGGUUGCCUUGUCUUUAAAACACAGCUUCUCCCAGACCCCAUUGCCAGUUUGUUGCCUUGAGUAAAGCCUGGUCAGAGUU